AUGACAAGAAUGAGUGAGCUGUCGGACUGUGUGAGGGACGAGUGGAAAGGAGACGUGCCUAAUCCAGAACUGGGUGAUUGCAUCAUACCACCGCUUCGUCCUGUCUACUCCUCCUCUACCACGUCCUUGCUGAUAUACAUCGACCUGUGCACUUGCCCCACUGACAUUAGAAGUAUGGUUCCCCGGGUAGUCUCUGGAGCCAUCUGUCGAGCUGCGCAGCAACGCAUUGCGCGAUCGUAA